AUGGCAAGUCGAAACUGGUACCGUUUUAAAGCUUGYUUCUAUUUUAUCAUCUUUCUGCUGACAACUCCAUUCUACUGCAUAUUAACUGCUGUUCUCUGGACAUCUUUUCAUAUUCUCCACGCGUUGAAUAUCUACACCAAGCAGGMASCACCAACGCUUCUCCCACSRGACCWCCGAARAACKGUGCUCUUUACAGAYUCUGUGAAUACAAAGACGUUGAAUGUGWUWCGGUGUCUUGGUAAAGUUGGMCAUCGUAUUAUUGUCGUCGAUUCUAAUCGAUACAAACACACKGGCGCUAGUUGGUCGAGGUAYGUGRCAAAAGUCAUAUACGUAGCRCACCAUGCGGGCCCAACUACAGAGAAGUACAUCGAAGAAGUCGUGAAAAUUGCCCUUCAAGAGCAAGUAGAUUGGUUUAUUCCCAUCAGUAAGACAAAGAAUGCUAUCAUAAACUACAUGGUCGAGCAAAGACUGGCCAAGCUGCGACCAACCAUUAGGUGUUUGGGUUUUGGUGAUCUUGAGUUGGCGCGACUGCUUAACCACAAACUCGAUUUUCUUGAUCAUUGUAAAAAGAUUGGCUUSUCSGUGCCCGACUUYCACGCUAUCUAUGGGAUUGAGGAUUUGCAAAAGCUAAGAGAAAUGAACCUGUUCAAUGAAAAACAUUAUUUCUUAAAGCCAAUUGACGACUACAGCGAGGAUAGACUGAACUUCAAGCGAAUACCUGGUGAUGAAGACUCCUUCAAAAAGUACUUAAAAGAAUACGAACCGAAAGUCAGCUCAAAGCCCAACUACUUUGUAUGCGARUACAUAAAAGGCACCGAAUUCACAUCCAACGUAGUCUGUCGACAGGGAAAGGUGUUGUCGCUGGAAACACUUCCAACRUGCRGCYYCCAAACGGAGUUUGACAACGUCCCCAACCAAGCCGUGAGAAAUUGGACUUUKGAGUUUUGCRKYAAAAUGAAGAUCAGUGGAGGCAUCUGUUUUGACUUUAUACAAGACGAUGUGACAGGAAAAGUCUACUGCAUCGAGUGCAACCCACGUCUUCACUCAAGCAUUUCGCUUCACCACGGUAAUCCUGAGCUGGCCAAGGUGUUUCAAGCAGCUCUAGAWCCMGAGAGUUUGCAAGAUGAAACAAUUUCUUUUCCUGUUGAGCCUKCSUCKACKUCGCCUCGCGCCUAUUGGCUGUACCUUGAGWUCCACAAGCUAUUUUCUGGUCGUCAGGGUGUUGGUGGGUUAUUGUGGUCGUUGAUGAAUGGUAGAGAUGCAGUCUUUGAUAAGGACGACCCUAUGCCUUUCUUGAUGUCAAAUACCAUCAGUGCCAUGAUUCAACUUAAGAGGGCAAUCUUCAGCGGCGCUCGUUUUGGAAUUUAUAAUCCCGUGGUUGGAAGAUUGAGUCCUUAGAAUCUGUAACUAUAAUACAAUUAACGUAUUGUGUUAUAUAAUUUUGUGACUUUCAAAAUUUGUCUUUUUUUGUCUUGAGUUUAAAAUACUGUUGGACACAUAGUAAGUGAAUAGUUAAAGGUCCUUAAAUUCUCUUCUGUCGUAUAUAUUGUUUGUUUAUACCAGUGUAAUAUUUAAUUUCGCUCAAUUCUGAUACCUAUAAUGCUUGCCAUUUUGCUAACAUUAAAGUUAAACGUAUUCUU